GUGGAGGGGCCUCCAGCGCCCGCAGCCAUGCCGGUGCGCUUCAAGGGACUGAGUGAAUACCAGAGAAACUUUCUGUGGAAAAAGUCAUAUUUGACAGAUUCCUAUAAUGCCUCGGUGGCACGAAGGUACCCAUGGGCUGGACUUAGAUCAGAUCAACUAGGGAUCACCAAAGAGCCAAGUUUUAUUUCCAAAAGAAGAGUCCCUUACCAUGACACACAGGUUUCAAAAUCUCUGGAGUGGAUUGGAGCUAUCUCAAAGAAUGAUGUGAUUGUAUCACCAGAACCUAAAGUCCCAGAAAUACCAAAAUCACAAGAGAUGAAACAAAACAAUGUAAACCAAGAAAAAGUUCUCUCACUAGAGGGCUCCAGGGUUCCCAAGAGAACCAGAUCUCAUUCUGCAGACUCCAGAUCUGAAGGAGCUUCAUGUGCUGUGGAAAAGAACGAGGAUGUAAUAACAAACCAUGUACCGGUUAAUGAAAAUGUGGAACUGGAACAUUCUACCAAGCUUCUUUCCAAAAAUGUAGAUGAUGGGGUGGAUAGACUUCUACGUAAGAAAGCUGGAUUGACAGUUGUUCCUUCACAUAAUGCCUUGAGAAAUUCUGAAUAUCAAAGGCAGUUUGUUUGGAAGACCUCUAAAGAAACUGUUCCAGUGUUUGCAGCCAAUGAGGUUUUCCACAAUAAAGCCCAAUUUGUUCCACAAUUCAAAGGUAAUUCAAUUGUCCAUGAAACUGAAUACAAAAGAAAUUUCAAAGGCUUAUCUCCAGUGAAAGAACCCAAAUUAAGAAACGAUUUGAAAGAAAACGAAAAUCUUGAAACAGUAUCUCCUGAAAAGAAGUGUAAUAAAACAGAUGAUCUUUUAAAAUUAGAAGCAGAGAUGGCAUCGAAGGACUCAAACCAGCCUAAAAAGAAGCUUGCUCCUUGGAGACAUCAGAGGCUUGGGAAGGUGAAUUCUGAGUAUAAAGCAAAAUUUCUGAGCCCAGCUCAGUAUUUAUAUAAAGGUGGAGCUUGGACAUGUGUGAAGGAAAAUGUGCCAGAUCAGGGUUCUCUAAAUGCCAUGUGGUAUGCAGAGGUUAAAGAACUCCGAGAGAAGGCUGAGUUUUAUAGGAAACGAAUUCAGGGAACACAUUUUUCUCGGGACCACUUGAAUCAGAUUCUGUCUGAUAAAAACUGCUGUUGGGAUGUCUCCUCAACCACAAGCUCGGAGGGAACCAUUAGUAGCAACAUCAAAGCCUUAGAUCUUGCAGGAGUUCCUACAAGUCAUAAGACUUUGCAGAAGUGUCCUGGUACAAAACCAGAAGAAAAAAGAGACAUCUUGGAAGAACAGCCCCAGAAAAAUACCAUGGAGGAAAUAGGCAUGUCAGAUGCCCCCACCAUGCCUGUUAGAAGGCGGCUGGCUUGGGACGCAGAGAAUACUAGUGAAGACAUAGAGAAACAGCCCAGCGGGGAGAAAGAACAGGAAGAGGAAAGGGGAAGAGACAAACAGGUAUAUAUGGGAGAGCCAGAGAAGAUGGAAGUGCACGAGGCAUCUAAGGCAGACAAGAUAAAAGAAGGGUCGGGUUCUUCUGUAUGCUCAGGAAAUGGAGGUAGGCUUCCUACUCCAAAGCUGAGAGAACUUGGUGGAAUCCAAAGGACUCAUCAUGAUCUUACUACUCCAGCUGUUGGUGGAGCUGUUUUAGUGUCCCCAUCUAAAGUGAAGUCUCUAGUCCCAGAGCAGAGGAGAAAAAUGUCCUCUCAGGAUUGUUUAGAAACUUUGAAGAAUGAUUUUACUAAGAAAGGAAGUCGUGCUCUAUCCCUACUGACUUCUCCUGCUGCUGGUAUAAAAACAAUUGAUCCUCUGCCUUUGCGGGAAGAUUCUGAAACUAAUCUCCCUAAAUUUGCUGAGACAGCUCUUCAGGUUUCAAAAACUCCAGAAUAUCCCACAAACACUCCCAGACAGUUGCCUUCUCCAAUGGGUGUUCCCUCCUACUGGCAUCCUGCUCGUCGAAUUCAGGGCUCCCUGAGAGAUCCAGAAUUUCAGCAUAAUGCGGGGAAAGCAAGGAUGAAUGAUUUCCAGUUACCUCAACAUGAAGGCUUUCAUGAUGAAGAUGAGGACAGAUUGUCUGAGAUUUCUGCUCGCUCUGCUGCGUCUAGCCUUCGGGCUUUUCAAACUCUGGCACGAGCUCAGAAAAGGAAGGAGAAUUUCUGGGGCAAAACAUAA